UUGCGACGCCGUACGUUGCUCAGACAGGCGCGCACAUAUCGUUUAAGUUUGCUUCGGGUUUCUGGUUAGUAGACUAUUCACGCUCAGUGGAGGCGCGUCGCGAGCACAAGCGCAAGGAUUAUACACACAAACAGUGAUCAUAACAAACAAAACAAUUCAGUGAAUUUAAUUCAAAUGUGAACAAUUCUAAGUUUUCUUUUGGGAAAUGUGAGUGAGAGUUUUGGAAAGUGUAAACGCCACACACCGUUCAGCGGUAUGUUUUGGAUCAUAAUGUCCGUGGUGGCAUUGGUAGUGGAUGCCGCAGUUGGUUUAGAGGCACGUGCGCAGGUGCCGUGCGAAGAAGCGCGUUUGAAAUGCGCGUACCGCGAAGGUUGCGGAAUGGCCCUACAGAAUUACAUGGUUGGAUGUUCCGCGGUCCUCCAGGGACCCACACAACAUUGCCCACAAAUAUGUCUACACUCCCUCAUAGCCCUUACAUCCACAGAAGAAGGACGUGACUUAAUGAACUGUCAAUGCAAUGAUGAAUUCUGCGAGGAACAAAAAAGUCGUGUGGAGAUCUGCCGCCCUUCUGUAACCCACGCUAAUCGUAAUGGUAGUGUGGUGUCCUGCACAGCUGCCCAAUGGAUCUGCGCAGCUGACACACUUUGCUCCACCGCCUUGGAGUACUACCAUCGCAACUGCAAGUCAAUGUUCAAUGGUAAAAAGUGCACACAUCGAUGCCAGAACUCCAUCAAUAUCCUCCGAAGACAGGAAAAAGCAGCGAAAUUAAAAACCUGCAAGUGUAGUGGUCAUGAAGACUAUGACUGCCCUGUUAUCCAAGCAAACAUGGCGCGAUUGUGUUUCCACAAGAAGGUGGCCCAGGUCGACGUAACCGUUGGUAAUACCGAAACAAACGUCAUCCAGCAUCAGCUCGAGAUAGAACCGCCAACAACCGGUGGUGGUAGUGGUGGUUAUUGUGACUUAAGUCAUGUGCAUCAUAUGCUGGUGGGUUUAAUCUGUGUCGCUAUUCUUCACCGGCGGGUUACGUGACGAACUGGGCACACAGACUUCCUCCAACUACCUCCUACCUUCAACAAUUCUACAUCUAAAUAUCAUGUACAUAGACAAGACAAACUCUAACCAAAGAAAUGCUUGCCCACCAGAUUCUAGCAGGAUAUUGUAUUAUAGCGUUCUUAAUUUAUUUCCGGACACAAUUUAUUCACACAUAUACACACAGACCGCGCGACAAGAGACUGAUGAUUACAAUUCGCCAACACUCGCACUAAUUAUUUAUGCCUAGCUGAUAGUAGAUUUAUUUACAUUUGUAAAUUUAGUCGCUAAUAUGUUUUAUGUAUAUAAGUACUUGUUAUUUUGAACAGAAAUUUUAUACGAUU